CCGGCACAGGUCGAAGUAAAGCGUGUGCAAGAGCGUCCUGCAGAGACUGUGUUGGAUACUUCUGUCGUCACAGCAUCUCUAGAUCUGCCAGCUCCUCCUGCACUAAUCGUGGCUAGUAGGCAGGAAGUCUCACAUAAAGUCCAGGGAGUGGACAAUACUACCCCUGGCAAUACCUCAUCGGCUCAACUCAUCUACGCAAACUGGGAAGCACAACUCACAGAACUUAAGAACAAAUGGCUCCACCAAAUGAAAGACGACUUUCAAAACAUCUUAGACACCAUCACAUCGAAGGAAGCCCAAGAUGCACUGAAGAAGUUGCAAGCUGAGAAGACCGCAAAAAAACAAAUGUAUAAUGCUUUGCAAAUGUAUACUCUUGCAGAGGCUUCGUUUUUGGAGGAUACUCGAGCUAUGUUUGCGGACUUUGGAUCGCGUACGUUGGCGUUGCAUGAGGGGGUUGUG